AGUACGGAAAACUACGAACACAUUCAGUAAAUUAUAAUAAAGUAAUAUAAAAAUAUAUAGUAAUUAUUUGUAGCUAGAUAUGAAAAGAGAGAGAGAGAGAGAAGAGAGAAGAAUAGCCUUUCAAUAAAUAAUAUUCAGUAGGAUUCAUGGGAUAAAUCUAGAAGGUAUUAUCGUUGAAAAUAAUUUACCUCCGAUACAGUCACAGGUAUUCAAUGACUUAUUUAACAGCCCUAUUAAAGUCACGGUGCACACUCGAAAUUGCAACAGCCAAACAAACGCAAUAUGACAUGCUCAUUUACCGCUGCAUAAAUCUGCCUUCCAUUCUUCAGUGAGACGGCAGAGCGAGCAGGCCAGGGGAGCCGUCCUCCUGAAGACCCGAUAGACACUCUCCUUGCAGAGGUUGUGUGCCGUUGCUGUUUUCAUUGUUGCAGCUGUUCGGAUUUAGACAAGAGGCAGAAUCAGCUAAAUGCAACAGCUUGCUUUAGGGAAUUAGAAGUCAGACUUUCGCGUUUGAGAAGCAACCCCUUCCGGAAUCCUCCAGCACAGACAAUUCCAUUUGUUUCGCCAUCACGUAGACAUGAAAGCUGUACGGGUACUUCUACUCCUGGCUAACUUACUGUUUUUCGUUGAUUGUGCGUUGAAUGAAUCCCUUCCCCCCAUUGACCGACUUUGGGAUCCGACUCCUUUCCUGACUCGGUACGUUCGCCUAGAGAGAUUCUACAACGUGCAUGUUCUCCGAAGUCUCAACGAGAGCCUGAGUCCACAGUGUGAACGAUGGUGGCAGCUCACUUACGUCAAACUCCUCAAAAAUCAGAAGACCGCCUUCCUGGCCUCUUCUUCGCUGACUGACCUUGUGGGUCGAAGGGCCUCCGGGGCCUACUCUGAGGUCGUCGUGGCGCUUCUUCUCACCGACAGCGAUUUUCAAGUAUUGGAUGAGGUAUCCUUGGAUCGAGUCGGACACGCUUCCUUGAUGAAAUAG